GUUGACGGGUGGAUUUUCGCAACUCCAGCCUGUCAUUCCGUGUUUGCAGGUCUUUUGCGGUCAUCCAUGGAGUAAGUUGCUAUGAGUGCGGAUGCGAGGAUGGCAAGCUGCUGGAGGUGGCCUGGGAGCUUUCUCUUGUGUGUGCAGAUUGGCCCCGCCAUGGUCGAGAACAAUAGCACUUCGUUCGCAAUUGUCCGGAGCACGUCUGCGCGGUGUAAGGAGCGCGCUCGCACUAUCCCGCCUUUCCGUUGCAACUAUCCGGCCGACGUGGAGCGUUGGGCAGAUAUCGAACAUCUUGGCAAGCAGUGACGUCGUGGCUGAAGCCGGCCACGGAUGCAUUUGGGAUGGGGUCACGGUGACUUGUGCGUCGAUAACCUCUACCUUUGCAUAUCCCGCCCGUCUUGGGGAUACGAAGCGUUUUGUCGAAGCUGCCGCGGUGCGCUAACGGAGGACACUUUCGCUUGACGUACCGCACGUUGACCAACAACGCCGUUACUACAUCUUAGACCUUAAGGAAGGUUUCUUGCGAAUUAGCGACUGGAGAGGACAGCGCCACGUGCGCGCGACGGUAUGAAAGCACAAGCCAACUCGGCAGUUCGUCGGAAAUGGUUGGCCUCAGGUCAUCCUGAGAGGGCAGGCGGAGACUGCGUGGUCCAUCUGCGUGAUCCGUCUGCGGCUGAAACCGUGAAGCCGCUGCUCAACCAUACACCGUCCGGUUGAUGGCUUCGUGCCUUCAAGUUGCCCGAUGCUAUUCGUUCGACGU